AUGAAGCCACUCCCCGAUUUUGAUUCCCUGCCACCAGUCGAAGGCAGACCCCAAGGAAAUACGUGGGGUUUUUGGGGUGCAGACGAUGAGAUUGGAACCUUGAAUCUCCUUACCCCAGACGUGGUUCAACGUGCCGCCGCAGAGGUCAAGAGCGGAAAGUCGGCGUCCCUAGACUUUCCCCUUGACCACUUCAACGAGCGCAUUGGCUCCCGCCGUCAGCUCGAGCAGAGGGUGGUAAACUAUCACGAACUGGCGGGCAUGUACGUCUACGACGACGAGCUCCAUUUCAACACGCAGAGUAGCUCUCAGUGGGACGGCAUGACACACUGUGCGACCCAGAAAGACGGGUUCUUCUACAACGGCCUCAAAUUUGAAGACGUGUUGAGCAAGAAAGACGGUAGAAAUGGGACCCAUAGUCCGUAUAUCCACUAUUCCACCCAAAUUGCCCAAAGAGAGGCCGCUGACCAGUUCCCAGGGUGGCUACAGAGAGGCGGGAUAGUUGGUCGCGGCAUCCUUUUGGACUAUCCGCUUUGGCGACAAGAGACUGGCCAAAGCCUGGCCAAUGCAGGUUCCAGCCAUGCCAUCACAGUGGCCGAGUUGGAUCAGGUGGCCAAACACUUUGGCGUGGAAAUCCGACAGGGAGACAUUCUCUUGCUUCGCACAGGAUACAGUAAAUGGUACAAAUCGUGCCCGGCCGAGGAGAGGACUCGAGUCAUCAAGGGGGAAGCAUUCAUUGGGGUAGAAGAGUCGAUGGCAUCAGCGCGGUGGCUUUGGAACAAGCAUCUCGCGGCUGUCGCCACAGACGCCCCUGGCUUCGAAGUCUGCCCGGUCCCGUGGGGUGACGAAUCCAAGGUUGUACUGCAUGAGUGGAUAUUGGUUCAUUUUGGCAUGCCCCUUGGUGAGCUUUGGAACUUGGAGGACUUGUCGGUGCUCUGCCAGCAAGAGCGGCGAUGGUCAUUCUUUUUCACGAGUGCGCCUCUAAACGUAAUCGGAGGAGUAGCCAGUCCACCGAAUGCCAUAGCCGUGCUGUAA